CCUGCUGAAUACCUGUACCUGCUGAAUACCUGUACCUGCUGAAUAUCUGCUGUACCUGCUGUACCUGCUGAAUAUCUGCUGCACCUGCUGAAUACCUGGUCUGACAUCUGGUCAAUACCCUGAUACUUUGGCUUCUUACUUAACUUGCUUACCUUUACCUUGUCAGCAUCUUGCAUACACCAUGUCUACCUCUACUGAUUCAAUUAAUCAACCUACUAAUCUCCAAGCCCCUUCUAUCCCCACCAAUGAUAAUACUAGCUCAAUUCUAGGAAGCAAUUCUAAAUCAAAUUACUCUGCUGAAUUCGUGGAAUCUUUAACCAGUCGUAUUCAAUCCCUUUUACCAAAUCGAACCAAUCAUACUUUAGCCGAAGUUGAAUUAAACCCCCAAUAUUUAAUCACUAAAAAAUUGAUUCUUAAAAACUGUAAAAAAAAUAUACGGGGUGAAAGUAAUAAUAAUUCAACCGACUCGGCUAAUUUGGGAGCUCAAUUAAUUGUCAAUGAAAACGUUGAAAAAUCAAAUAUUAAAUCGGAUUUGGAUGAUAUUGAAAUUGUAUCUAAUGAUUCAAAUGAAAGUUCUAAAACUGAAGAUAUAGAAUUCAUUACUAAUGUUUUCAUUUCUUUAUCUCAUUUAUUAGAUUCAAUUAAUAAUGAUGAUUUUGAUUCUUCAAAUGAAUUUGAUGAAAAAUCUUUAAGUUCAAUUCUUUUGAUUUUAAGAUUACUAACCGAUCUUAUUAAACAUAUUUGGAAUCAAAAUCAAAAAAUUAUUAAAACGGUGGAAGUUCAAGAUCAUUCAAAAACUUAUCAAAAUGAUCUUUCCGAUGAUCAAACUAUGAAAAAUAAUCAUUCCGAUUCAAAUUCAACGGCUUCUUCGUCUUCGGAUUCAAAAAGUGAUGAAUACGAUACCGUCAAUUUUGGUAGAUCAGAUAUAAAUACUUUAAAAUUUUUAAUUGUUAAACCUCCUUCAAGUUUAGAUCCAAAUCAAAUUGAAAAUAUUUUGGAUAUUUUAUCUUCUUUACUUUCUUCAAAAUAUAUUAGAAAAAUUGUUUCUUUAAUUAAAAGGACUCCUUUUGAAAAAUAUCAUAUUGGUGAUACUACUUCUUCAACAAAUGCUACUUCUUCAAUUAAUACUUCAAAUACUUCAACUACAGAAAAAAUUGAUCCUAACCAUGAUUUACCUUCUCUAACUCAAUCAGUUAAUCCAAAUACUGCCACUGGUCAAGCUGAUUUACAAAGUGUUUCUUCUGAUGAAAUAAAUUUUUAUAUUGAUGAAAUUGAUAAUAAUUUAGAAAUGAUUUUUAAAUUUUUAGCCAGUUCAAACCCAAUUCAAUUUUAUCAAUUUUUAAAUAUUAGGGUUAUUAGUUAUGCUAAAUUAGGGGAAAAUAUUCCAUUACCAAUUUUACAAAAAUUUGUCCCACUUUAUAAAUACGUUUUUUUCAAUGAUCAAAUUGCAAAUAGUUUGGUUUCUGAUGUUUAUAAUGCUUUACCUUUUAUAAAAUCAAAUACUUGGAAACAAGUCUUAUUAACUUUUUUCACUGAUGGUAUUAAAGAUCAACAUUUUGCUAGACCAGGUGAUUAUGAUUCAUUUGUUAAACCUUAUUCAAAAUUGGAUGUUACUUUAAGAAAUUUAUUUGAUUAUAUUUCAACAAUUUUUGAAGAUUCUCCAAAUUCAGGAGUGGCUUCUUCCAUUCAAAGUUUAAUUUUAAUUUUAUGUGUUGGUGAUUUUUUAGAAUUAGAUUCAAAACCAAAUAAAUUAAGAAUUGCUUUUAAUAAAAGAUUAAAAUAUGUUACUUCAAUUUUAAGAGAUUCAAAUAAUUGUUCAAAUUUAGAAUGUUUCGAAAGUUUAAUUAAUAUUUUCCAUAUGGCAGCUAUUUUACCUCCAGAAUUACAUGCUCAUCCUUUAUAUAAAUUUGUUUUAUUACAUUUAGAUGAAACUUAUGAAAAUUUAAAUAAAUUAGUCAUUUGUUUUAAUUCUGAUGAAGCUUCUAUUUUAUAUGAUGAUUUAGUGGUGAAAUUUUAUAUUGCAGCCAUUUUAAUUAAACCCCAAACUUAUUUAGAUGUUAUUGAAACAAAAUUUCAUGAAAAUAAAGAUAAAAUUAAGGAAGUUAGAAUUUUAGUUAAAUUAAUUAAAGGUUUAGCUGAUCUGCCAAUUACAAGAAAUCCUUUUUUACAACUUAUGAAUCGAUUAUCAAAUCAUUUAAAAUCAAUGAUUUUUGGUGCUUUUAAAAUUUUAUAUCAAAAUGAACAAAAUUUAAAAUUAAAUAAUAAUGAAAUUUUUUCUGGUGGUUCAAGUUCAAUUAGUAUUCAUUCUGAUAAAUAUAGUAUGGAUUCUGAUCAAAAGUCUCGUUAUUUCAAUCAAAUUACAAAUAAAAAAACUAGUCUUGAUCAUUAUUUAAAUGAACUUAAUAAUCAAAAUUCAAAAAUUUAUCCAGAAUCAAAUUAUAUUAAUCAUCAAACUGAUGAUUUAUUGGCUAAAACAGUUACUAAAAAUAAUAAUAACAAUAAUACUACAUCAAAUGCAUCGGUGGCUCAACAAACUCUUUCUUCAAAUGGUUCAUCAACUUAUUCUUCCAAACAAAAAUUAAUUUAUCAAACCGAAGAAAUUAUGGGAGAUAUUUUUUCAAUUUUUAUUACUUGUCCAGAAAAAUUUUUCCAUGAUUUUUCAUUUUAUAAAGAUUUAGAUUUUAUUAAUAAUAAAUCUUCUACCAUUCAAACUUUAACUAAUUUAGCUCAUGAAAUUGCUGGUCCAAUUAAAUUUGCCGUUCAUGCAAAAUCUUUAAAUGAAAAUUCUAAUUUAUUUGAUAGUGCUUGUUCUUUAGCUUUAACAUUAGUUGAAAGUGAUUCGAUGAUUAUUCAACAACGUAAAGCAAAUAAAAAUGAUGAAAAUAAUAAAUUAAGUGAUUAUGAUUAUUUAAUUUAUUCAAAUUUUUUAAUUUCAAAUUUUAUUAUUGAAGCAGUUGCUGAUUCUUCUUUACAAUUUCAUUUAACUGAUCCAAAAUUUAAAUCUUGUUUUCUUUUUUUAAAUCGUUUUUUACAAUCUCGUGAUAAAUUUGUUGGUAAAGUUAUGUCAAAUCAAAUUAUUCAAUCUGAAUGUUCUCAUUCUGAUUGUUUUGCAGUUUGUCAAGGCAUGGAAAAAGUUUUAUUAUUAGUUUUAUGUACUCAUGAUAUUCAAUUUUAUAGUAUUGCUAAAACAACUAUGAAAUGGCAUAUUCAUGAAUUAAAAUAUGGUAAUCAUUUACCUCAUUGUUUUUAUGAAAAUUUGAGAGAAACUUUUGAAAAAAUUAUUGAUGAUAAUUCAGUUUUUACCGGAUUUGUUUCUUUACAUAAACGUUUUAGAAAUAUUUUAAGAGAUGCUAAACCAACUAAAUCUUUAUAUCAUGUUUGGUUAGUAAUUUAUUUUAGAUGGUUAGAAUUAUUAGAUAAUAAAUUUGGGGUUGGUGAUGAUAGUUUAGUUUUCCGUCAUUUCACCGGAUUUUUAGUUUCUAUUUCGGGUGCUUUCUUAAAAGAAGAAUUUGCUAAAGAUGAUUCUGAUGUUAAAUAUCGUGCUAAAAAUUUUGUUUCAGAAUUUUUAGAUAAAUGUAUUAGCUUAUUAACUUCAACUGAUUUAGUUGUUAGAGUUGUUGUUAAAGAUGCUUUAUCAAAUGAAUCUCAUUCUGCUGUUUAUCAUUUAAUUUGUACUAAAUUAAUUCAAGGUGGUAAUGAAUAUCUUGAAAAUAAAAUUAUUACUGAUGAAAGUAUCCUUUAUAUUGAACAAUGUAUUGUUAUUAUUACUGCAAUGAUUAUGGUUGAUAAUGAUGGUGCAUUUGUUCUUGUUUCUUUAUUACCAGGAGUUUGUGAAUUUUUCAUUAGAUUUAUUAUGUUGGUUCCAAAUCCAGUUGAUAUUUUAAGAUUAAAAUUAAGAUUUUGUAAAUUAGGUUCAGCAAUUGAAACUGAUAAAUUUAGAGUUGGUUUAUCAGGAGCUUUUAGAUUAAGAAAUUUUUAUGCUAAAGCUUCUGCUGAUUGGUUAGAACAAGCAGUUUUUUAUGAUGAAAUGAAUCAUGGUAAAGAUAAAGAAAAAGAUUCAAACGAUUCUGAUUCAAUAAUUUCCCCUUCUUCUUCAUCUUUAAAAUCAAAUCGAGAAUCAGAAAUUGCUUAUCUUAAUAUUGAUUUAGCAAAUGAUUGUUCAAAAGCUUUAGCAAUGCAAUUAGAAGAUAUUGUUUUAGAAAUUCCUGAUGGUACUAAAGAUAAAGAUAUUAGAAAAUAUAAAGAUUUAGCAUUUGGUAAUUAUUUUUCCCUUUUUUAUAAAAUUUUACAAAAAUAUGCUGUUUCAAAUUUAUCACCAAAUUUAGCAAAAUCAAAGUAUAAAAUUGGUUUAAUUACUGAUAAUGUUUUAAAAUGUAUUUCUAAUAUUUUACAAUUUGAUACUGAUAUUGGAAUGCAAUUUGUUUUACCAUUAGGUUAUCAUGAAAAUAAAAAAAUUCGUUCAAUUUUUUUGGUUGUUUUCGCUAAUAUGUUAAAAUCAAGAAAAAUUAAAGAAGAACUGGAAGAAUUUCCUGAUGAAAUUAUUGAAAGACUUUCUGAUUUAUAUGAUGUUUUCGGUGCUACUGCUGAAGUUGCUUCUUCUUCUGAACAUAAUCUAUUAGCUUCUUCAUUAUUUGGUAUUUUCAGUUAUACUAAAAAACUUGAUAAAUUAUUCACUGUUUUAUUAAAUGAUGAAAUUAACGUUGUUUCAAGAUCAACUGAUAUUUUCAGAAGAAAUAGUACGUUAACAAGACUUUUAUCAAAUUUUGCUAAAGAUUAUGGUUUAGAUUAUUUAUCAGUAACUUUACAACCAUUUUUAGAAGAAUUAAUUCAAAAUGAAAUUUCAUUUGAAGUUGAAAAGGCAAAUGAUCCAAUUCAAACUGAAUUAUUUAUGAAAUAUUUCACUAAAUUAAUUGAUGUUAUAAUUGGUUCAACUCAUCUUGUUCCUCCUUCAUUUGAAUAUAUUUGUUCUGAAAUUUAUAAUAGUGUUAAACUUAAAUUUAAAGAUGCUGCGUUAGUGGCGGUUGGAUCUUUUAUUUUCCUUAGGUUUUUCUGUCCUGCUAUUAUUAGUCCAGAAACUUUUUUCAAAUUAAGUGGAAGUAGUUCAAAAGUUAAAAGAUCUUUAAUGCAAUUAGUUAAGGUUGUUCAAAAUAUGGCUAAUGGUUCAUUAGCUUUAUUAAAAUGGCCAGGAUUAAUUCAUAAAUCAGAUGAAUUAAAUGAAUUAAAUAGAAAAAUCUUUGUGUUUUUAGAAAAUGUUUCAACUAAAAAAUCUAUUAAUGAUGAUUAUCCAUUCCAAAGUAUUGAUACAAAACCAAUUGCUGAAUUAAGAUAUUUACAUAAAUUCUUAUACACUUAUUUCAUUUAUAUUAAACAUCAAUAUGUUUUAACUGAUCCUUUAGUUAAUAUUUCUAAUUUACAUGAAAGGGUGGAAAAUUUUAGAACUCUUGAUCGUUUAUUAAGAGUUAUGGGUCAACCAAAAGCUUUGAUUUCUUUACAAAUUUCAAAUUCUUUUAGAAAUUUUGAUCCAAAUGGUAAUGUUAAUCAUGGUCCCUUUAAUGAAUUCAUGGCUAAAAUGUCAACUAAAAAUCAUGAAGUUCCAAUUGAUUCUCCAGUUGUUCAUAAUUUUAUUUUCCAAGAUGGUACCCCAGUUGCUGUUAUUAAUUUUGGUAAUUUAAAAUAUGUUAAUUAUGAUGUCGAUCUUUUGGUUUUCAAACUUUUGGAAAUUUGCAGUCAAAUUUGGGAUAAUAAUUUUUAUAUGGUCUUUGAUUUCACUGGUUUUACUUAUGUUAAAAAUUUGGGAGAAAAAUAUGUUACUUUAUUAAGUACUUAUGCUCCAAGUAUUUUCCAUAAAAAAUGUAAAAGAACUUAUUAUUUCAAUAUUCCAAGACUUGAAUAUAUAAGCAUUUUAAAAUCAAUGAGAAAACUUAGACUUGAAAAUAAUGAUUUUCCACCAAAAAUUUAUACUUAUUCUCAAGUUGAUGAACCAGAAAUUAUUAAUAGUUUAGGUUUAGAUGAUCAAACUACCGGUAUUUCUAAAGAUACAAGAGUUGUUUUCAAAAAUGUUAAACUUUAUGAUGAAGAAAAGGGUAGAUUUCAAAAAGUUACUCUUAAAAUUGGUAGACAAUGGCUUCAAGUUUGUUCAGAUUUUGUUGAAUUUAGUGGUCCUUUAUUUGCUACUAGUGGAUUUUAUCCAGUUGAAGUUUUAAAACUUUCCGAUAUAACUAAAUGUGAAACUACAAAUAUUAGUGGUGAAGUUGAUGAAUUUACAAUUUAUGUAAAUAUUGGUACUGGUCAUAAAGUUACUUUAAAAUCAAGUGAACGUCCUGAAAUCUUAAGAUUUUUAUAUUUUACAACUUCUAGAUUACCAAAACAACAAUCUCUUGAAAGAAAUAGAGAAGGUAGUGAUACUGAAGAAGCAGGUACUAAGUAUCAUUGGUUUGCAAGACUUCAUAAUAUUGCUUUCCAUGGAUUAUUAGAAUCAGAUCCUGAAGUUAGAUCAUGUGCUUCAUACUUGUUUGCUACUUUGUCAAAAUAUUUUGAUUUUGAUUUUGGUAUCUCUCCUGAUCAUGCUAAAAAUGUUUGUUAUCCAAUUGAUACUACGGAAUUUAUUGUUGGAGUUUCAGAUCAUCUUUCUAAAAGUCUUGGUCCAUUAACUUACAGAUUCCUUAAAGCUUUUUUCAAUAAUUAUGAAAAAUUAAAACCUGAACAUAGAUUAAGUGCUAUUAUGUAUAUUUCUCCUUGGGUUGGAAAUGUAUGUGACAAUAUUUACUUAGAUACAAAUGAUUCAGGUAUUGAAAAAGUUUCAGAAAUUAUCAGACAAUUUUGUCGUAUCACUGCAGCAGAAGGUGAACAUGUUACUUCUAUGAAUGAAUUAGUUUGGAAAAAAUUCUUUGGUGAAAGUAGACUUACUAAAAUUUUGAUUGAAGAAGUUAUUGCAUUUGCUGUUGAUAAUAAAAAAAGUGGUCCCGAAUGGGCUUCUAUUAUUUCUAUCAUUGCUCCGUCAGUUGAAGUUUGUGGUGAGGUAACAUCCAGAUUGAUUCAAGCAGUUGGUAAUGCUAAAGUUACUGAUUCAGUAAUUGCUUCUCAAAGUAAAUUAUUAGAAAUCCUGAUUUUAGUCAAAAUUUGUUCUUCCUUGUUUUUCAAUUCUUAUGUUUAUUCUCAUUUAUACCUUGCUGAUGUGUUUUUCGUUUGUACGCUUUUCAUUGAUAAUCCUUCCUUGGAAUUUGGUAGUGAUUUACAAAAUUUAGUUAUUAAUACUAUUCAAUCAUUCCUUCACAAACCAGCUGUUACACCAGAAGAAGAAAAGAAAAUUUCAGAAACAAUCAAUUAUUUCAGUAGCCAAAGGGCUAGAAUGUUGUUUGGUGUUAACAGAGAAAGAAGUGCAGUUGCUGAUGCAAGUCAAAUUUAUAACAGAGCUGCUAGUUUUGAAAUUCUUUGUGAUUAUUUGAAUGAAUUCAUCUCGUGUGUUGGAAGCGCUGAUGAUAGAUUCAGAUGGAGAUCUCGUUGGUGUUCUCGUGCUGUGGAUGUUGUUUUCCAAACCAAAUCAAUGUUUCAAAAUCGUGCUGUUUUGGUGUUUGGUAUUUUAUCUAAGAAUGGUAUAAGUGAUUCUGCUUCCACUAGAUUAUUCAAGAUGAUGGGUAAACAUGAUAAUAUUUCUUUAGAAUACAUUACUAACCUGACUGUUUCCGUUGCAAGAAUAUUUGAAGGGGUUUCAUCACAGUCAAUUUAUCCACCUUAUAUGCUUCUUAUUUAUACUUGUAAUGCAAUGAUGCAUUUUUCAGCCUUGUAUCAACCAAAUGCUGAAUGCAUUGCAAAUAUUUACUGCAAAUUAAUGAAACAAGGUCCAAAUUAUAGAGAAAGUGUCUUUAAAGCUAGAUCAACCCUCGAACCGUUAGUUUCCGAAUUUGAAAACACUCAUGAUAUCUUUUUAACUAAUGAUAAUUUUGAAUUCCAAAUCUUCCAUUGUUUGAUUCAAGGAUUAAAAGUUGCUCAUUUUAGACAAACAUCUAUGAAUUGUUUGAAAAAAGUAUUCGAAACAAGGCUCAAAGAACAACGUUCAGAUUUCGAAAAAGAUAAUAUCACUGUUCUCUACCUUUUCUUUAUUUACUUGUUUUCUUCUCAAGAUGCUUUUGAAAAAUAUUUGGCUGAGCUUGAACUUUCAGCCUAUAUUUCACAUCAUUCAAAGAAGUCCAAAACUCCAAAAAUUUUUACUGCAUUUGUUAGCUCUGAUUCUGAAAUAUCAAAACUUUGCUUAGUGCAAGCAGCUUAUCUUUUCAACGAAGACAACGUCGACCAUGCUUUCAAGAAUAAAUUUUUGGACUUCUUCAGCUACUUAUUCAAGAAGAAGAAGCAACUGAGUUUCUUAAUUUACCACAUUACAAAACCAACUUUUGAACAAUUACUUAUUAGCAGUAAUUCUCUUGAUACUGUUAGUAAUAUUUCCGAACUUCUGACUAAGAUUUUUAAUGAUUCUCAAUAUGAUCCAGAAAUCAGUGUUCAACAAGAAGCUGAUCUUUUAUUCAAAAAUGAUCUAUUAAAUAUUAGAGAAAUCAAAUCAUUUUUACCUCAAUCAGAAUACUACAAUGAACAAUCAGUUCAUGAUUUGAUUGCUUUGAAGGAUAUGAUUCUGAGGGCUGCAUAUUCCUUUGUUGAAGGUUAUAGAUUAGAAGAUUAGUUCAUUGUUCAAACUUGAACUUCUCUUAUUAUCAUUUUUUUUUUUUUAAUUCAAUUUUUUAU